GAGGUCCCACUUCGGUUUUAUUUAUCGCCUUACCUUUUUUCUCUAUAAUUUGAGAUAGAUAAAUGCAAAUUAACUCCACAAACAUUUACUAUAGAUUUGUAAAUUACACUGGCACGUUAAUUUGACGCGACUUCCACGUUUUCUUCUCGAUAACGACUGACAGAGAAGGUUACACUCUUACUCCAUAGAGGAUGUUUGAGCUCCGUGUUUCCGCCGCAGCAGCAGAGCGUGAUCCCCGCUAACAUUAUCCUCCUGAACAUGACCUAAACUGACUGUCGUGCCGCUGAUAAGCCCUUCGCACCUCACCAGGCAGGGUUUUCCGAGGAGGAGGUGGUGGUGGUGGAGGAGCGGCCGGUGGGAUGCGGUCAGGCGGCAGCUGGAGGUGCCAGUUAUCCCGGACCAUGAGGCUCGUCCUGCGCUGGUGCCGACCCCACAGAGGAGCUCACAGAGGGGGCCGAGGAGGAGGAAGGGUGGCCCAGCUGUGGAGCUACACCAAAGUGAUGUUCAAGUCACUCUACUACAACAGCCUGAGUGACUCAGAUACGCUGUUCGACUGUGUGUUUGAGCCCAUUUACUGGAUAGUGGACAAUAUGACGCGCUGGUUUGGAGUGGUGUUUGUGAGCCUGGUGGUCCUGCUUACGUCCUCAGUGGUGAUCAUAGUCUACCUGUUUGUGAUACCCUUAAUUGUCAGCACCUACCCGGUCUUCUGGAGCUGCUGGCACUUGGGCUGUGGGCAUUGGCUCCUGCUCAUGAUAGUCUUUCACUAUUACAAGGCCACCACUACUGCAGCAGGACACCCACCCAAGGAUAAGCUCAAUGUUCCUUCAGUAUCUAUGUGCAAAAGAUGCAUCACUCCUAAGCCUGCCAGGACACAUCACUGUAGCAUUUGCAGCACAUGUAUACUGAAGAUGGACCACCACUGCCCCUGGUUGAACAAUUGUGUCGGGCAUUUUAACCACCGCUACUUCUUCUCCUUCUGCCUGUACAUGACCCUGGGCUGUGUCUACUGCAGCAUUAGUAGCUGGAGCCUGUUCAUUGAGUCUUACAAUGCUGUGGAGAGCUACUACCAGACCCCUCCACCAGAGUUCACUAUAAUGGAGACAACUGCUCACAAAUGUAUCAUCUUCCUCUGGGUGUUGACCAGCUCCGUGGCAGUUGCACUGGGAGGACUGACUCUUUGGCACACAAUGCUCAUCACAAGAGGAGAGACCAGUGUGGAGCGCCAUAUCAACAGGAAGGAGACCAGAAGGCUCAAGGAGAGGGGCAGGGUCUUCAGAAAUCCUUAUCAUCAUGGUAGGAUGAAUAACUGGAAGUUGCUGUUUGGUGUGGAACAAAGAAGUCAUUGGUUAACCCGGGUGCUUCUGCCCUCCUCGCACCUUCCCAAAGGAGAUGGUAUUGUGUGGGACAGCAUCUUCACCCGGAGGGACCCUAUGGCCAUCUGACCUCCAACAACAUAUCAAAGACUGCUCCAGCAUUUGUACUGCACAUGUUUACUGACCUGUUUACCUGUGUGCAUACUUUAUUUUUAUUAGAAUAUCCACUAUACAACUUUA